UCUCUCUAUCCACCUCUCCCCCCGACCAUGUACGACCAGAGGGUCCAGGGUCCUGGACCUGGACCCGCCGGUGUCUCACACUCAUACCCUUCUUCGCCCUCUCUUUCCACCUGAUUAAACCUGUCAACCUCACACGCCCACAGACCCACCCCUCCCAUCGCCGUGAACAAGAAAGCCGCCGACCUUCCCGCUGUCAGGUGUCGCUUCUCGCUCCACAGAAACGAUUGUGGUUUUCGCAGACCAGACAAGUUUGAGCGUGGGACUUGACUGACAAACGAAGAUGACGAAGCAAGCUAAUCCCCGGAAAAAACACAAGACCACAAAGGCGAAAGCGUGGGCAAACAAGAAGGCCACACCACGCCCGCGACCUCGCGUGCCCGAGGCCGAUCCCAUCCAAGAGUAUUGGUCAAGGAAGAUCUCCCCCGGAAAACGCAGAGUCGAGUUCAAAGGAGGCGGACCCGGAGGAGUCACGGUCCUACGCAAGGAUGUACCCAAGUCCUGGAGAACCGUGAAGAACAGAAAAGGUGUAUGCUGCGUCUACUUCGUCAAGGGCGAGCGACACUUUCUGACGAUGGUUUCGGAGAAGGAGUUGAACAAGAUAAAGGGCACGAUCGGCAGCUUAGAGAUGACCAACCACGCCAAGACUCUUGCCUACGGCAUGAAGGCGGCGAAGAAAAGGAAGGGUGUGCCCAACUUCAGCGUGGUGGACGCUUGCUUCGGAUUCUGGUUUGACGUGUGCAAGGAUAGCGGUGUGGAGUUCAAGUGGAAGUCCUGCGCCAACUACUUCAACACCGGUUCGGGACGAUCAACUCGUCAACUCGCGAAGAAACAGGAGAAGAGCCUAUUGGCCGCCCUCGACACGGUGUCUGCGAUCCCCAAAGACAGCGAGCCCGACAGCGAGUCCGACAGCGAGUCCGACAGCGAGUCCGACAGCGGCUCCGUCAUCAACCUCAGCGAGGAGUCCAGCAGUGAGGAAUCCGACAGUGCGAGCGACAGCGAGAGCGACGAGCCUUUCGAGGUGAGGAUUGUGGGGAAGCGGAUCAAGGUCUUUUGGGAGGAGUUCAACAGGUGGUACCGCGGCAAGGUAGUCAAGUUCUCCAACGGCAUGCACCUUAUCUACUACGACGAUGGAGACAAGGCUUCGCAUGCGCUGAAGAACGAAAAGUGGAAGGUGGUGGGAUAGGACCCCAGCAUGGGCACCGUCGGCCGGGCAAGGUCGCCAAAACUGCAGUGAGGUCUCGCAGCACCAGGCGCGACUGCGCAUGCUGCCGGUGCAAUCCAAGGCGUGGCACGGAACAGACACCAGCGCGUGGUGCAGUCGACGUUUGGAGAUGGCGGCAGACAAAGAAUUACGCAGGAUGUGACUCAUCCUCGUGUUGCUGGCUAUGUUGAUUAUCCGAGGACAGCAGCGCGCUCUCCAGCAUUGAGUGGUGUAGGGGGUUAGGGUAGACUAGCGAAAACCAUCGUGCUUGGCCCUCGGUAGGCGAGCGAGCUACACCAGCAGUCGACCGUAGUGUCGUUUCGUCCUUUCCACUACUGUAAAUCAUGUGUUGUUUGUUUAUUGUUAUGCACAGUAGUUAAACGUUGAGCACGGCGGGCCGUGCGUGUUUCUUGUUUACAGGCUCUGCCAGUGCGAUACCAGUUGCUUCCAACUCGACCGUUUUCUAGCCGGUGUGGGGGGGGGCAGUACGGGCAGGCCUUUAUGCCUGAGAAACGGGCGAUCGCCGCUGAGCAAGGAGAACCUCACCGAAAGGUGUUGGUGAUGAGUUGGCACAGGAGGACCGUCAAAUGUCCAGAAGAAAAUUUAACGAAGGGCUGAUGCGUUCGAAACGGUAUCCGCGUUCAAUAUGACGUGUUGAACAUGUGUUUUCUCGGGUCUAU